AUGAACGGGUACAGCAACGGCUACACCUCUCCAGAGGCGCGUCCCUACAGCGCUGGACAAGGAUACCUCUCCAACCCACCCACCACCGCCCACGGACAACAACUUCAAGCACGACACGUUGAAUGGGAUAUCGGGGUGGUCAUCUCAAACCCGUUCUGGUUGAUUACGGGAAGUGUCGCGGUCAUUGCCUGGCUCAUUGCCUUCAUCGCGUCCAUUGCUGGCGACGCACAAUCUGACUUCCCGCAUUUCGCGUGGUGGGUCAUCAUGUACCAAAUCUGUGUCAUCGCCGCCGUUCUUUGCGCGGUUGUCACGUCGACUAUUCCUGAAUACACUCUUGCAUUGGUAGGAUUGGUCGUGACCGCGUUCUCAUGGACGUGUUCGAUUACGAAUACCCUCAUCUACUCCGACUCAUCCGCAUUCUCCGCCGCAGGUGCUGGACACCUCCUUCUCUCCAUCAUCAACCUUUUGUGGAUUCUGUACAUUGGCACCGCACCCACCGCAUUCCCCCGCUCCUACAUCGACUCCUACAGCAUCCCCCACCUGCCAUCCUCCACAAACGGUGGUGGUCCCGCAAGCACACCCUACCCCUUCUCCUCCUCAUACGCAACCCAAAAAUCACCCCCAACCUCAGCCGCCUUGCCCCUCCCCCACCCCCACGUAUCCGCACCCCUCGAGUCCACCAACCAAACCACCACCGCAGUUGAGGAUGAAACCCUCCCGGCCCCAAUGGAAUACCCCUACCGCGCAAAGGCAAUCUACAGCUAUACUGCCAACCCGGAAGACCCGAAUGAGUUGAGUUUUGCGAAGGGUGAGGAUCUGGAUAUUUCGGAUAUUAGUGGGAAGUGGUUUCAGGCGAGGAAGGUUGGGGGGGAGGUCGGGAUUGUGCCGAGUAACUAUGUUACGAUUUUGGAUCGUUAG